AUGUUGAAUUUAUUCACAAUUAUUUCGCUGCUUUUCCUGCACCAUUUGGUGGUCCCACAGGCCACGGGCAAGUGCAGAUUCAAUGAGAAGUACUUUGAUAACUUCACGCUGGAAAUCGUUAACAAUACCAUGGAAUUGGACAUGGUGACGCCCAGGACGAUUCAUCGAGGCCUCAAGGUUCUCAUUGAUGUCCAGAUCAGCCUCGACAAGGAAAAGAGCUACCAGCGGCUCUUUGCUCACAUCCUGGACACCUGCAGCAUUGUCUCCUCGGUGAGGACCAGCAUGUUCAAGAGCUGGUUCGACAGCAUGCGAAAGCACGGCAACUUCAUGACCAACUGCCCAGUGCCAGCGGGCCAUUACUUCCUGCGAAAUUGGAAGCUGGAGUCCAAUCUCGUGCCGCACUAUCUGAUGCCCGGCGACUACCGUGUAUUGGUCCACUUUUUUUACGGCAAGCAGAAGACCAGCCAUGAGGAGUUUGUACUCGACAUGGACAUCUACGCGAUGAUUAGGAAAUCAUAG